UGUGCUAAGCAUGUGCUCUAUGUGCACUGAGCUAUAUCCUCCCCCCUACUUGUCUUCCAUUCUUGUCACUCAUUCCUUCCUUGCAGAUUUUCCUUUUUCAUAACUUAUUCAUUGAUUCAGUAAAUACUUGGUGAUUGCCUCCGAUGUUCUGGACCCUUUUCUAGGUGCCGGGCCAGAGGGGCAAGGGAGGCAGAUGAGGGCUUAGCUGUUGUGGGGCUUACCGACCAGUGGUAGAGGGGGUCAGGCAGAAAUGGCCAGUCAACAGAAGAGAAAGGAUGUGUGGAGGAAGUCAGGUAGAGGGAGGGACUGCACUCAGCAGGGAGGGAGGCCCCUUUAGGAGGCAGUCAGGUGAGGCCUCUUGAAGGAGGUGACAUUCCAGCAGAGACCUACAUGUUGAAAAGAAGCAAAAGCUGAGGGACAUCUGGAGAAAGAGCAUUCCAGGCCUCAGGAAUAGCCAGUGCGAGAGCCCUGGGUGAGAAGGAGUGGGGUGGGUUUCACAGAAGGGACCUGGAAGUCUGCCAGUCAACUCUGUAGAAAUAGAAGACCUGCACUUCAAAUAGACUGUAAAUCCAGCUUCCCAAGACAUUUCUAAUCGAGGGACUGGGGAGAGUCUCCAUGGACCUAAAUUUAGGGCCGGAAGACCCUCCACUCUGGUCAGGUACAGAGCGCCCACCUAGAGCUGCCAAGUGUGUUAGAGCUGCGACAGUGGCAGAGGGUCAGGACUUGAAGGGCAAAGACCUACACUCAGGCCUUGCCUGUGUGACCUUGGGCGUCUUGUGACCCUCUGACCCUCCGUAGCUUCAUCGAAAAGUUGGGUAGGGUAAAGACUAAAUGAGUGGUGCGCACUUGGUAAAUUAUAACGUGCUGCGUGCAAUUGAGUAUCUUUAUUGAGGGGAGACUUGAGUCCAGAUUUUCAGAGAUGUGGUUUUCGGCGUGGAACAGAAAAGAGGGGCCGAGUGGCUGAGGUUCUGAGCUGAGAAAGGAGGCUGUGGGCAUCUGGCCAGGGGCCUGCUCUCCCCCACCGCCCAGAGCGAUGCCUGUGCCUGGCUUACAGCUGCAGCUCGGUGCCUUCACCGCUUCUCCUCCCACAUUCUGUCUUUCCCGGCAGGCUUCAGAGUCAAGAUGACCUGAUCACAUCUGAUUUUGUGUCUCAGUUUCUUUCGCCUCCCUCACUAUAUCAUAAGCUACUCGAGAGUGGGAACUAUUUCCCGUAUUCUUCCCACCCCUCCCCCUUCGUAGCAUUUAUCACGGUAUAAAUUACAGGGACCAGUACACAGUGAAGUGCAUUUUAAGUUAAAAUGCCCAACAGUGAUCCUGAUGACACUUGGUUUACUUAUUCUGUCUGUUUAAGCUCCAGCUAUAAUUCAUACCCAUUUGAGAGUUCCUUGUUCCUGCCCCUAAACCUGACUUCCCUUUGUAGGACUAGACGUUGGAAGAGUUGUCACGCCCUGUUCUUCAGCCCCCAGGUUUCCCUAGAUGCCAGUUAAGAUUCCCUUUCCUGCCUGAAGAUCAUCCUUGGAAACCUUGGCCAUGGCCUCCCUGUCAGAGCCGGUCACAUUCAGAGAGUUCUGCCCCUUGUACUAUCUCCUCAACGCCAUUCCCACCAAGAUCCAGAAGGGCUUCCGCUCCAUCGUGGUCUACCUCACGGCCCUGGACACCAGCGGGGACUACAUCGCCGUGGGCAGCAGCAUCGGCAUGCUCUACCUGUACUGCCGGCACCUCAACCAGAUGAAAAAGUACAACUUUGAGGGGAGGACGGAGUCCAUCACAGUGGUGAAGCUGCUGAGCUGCUUUGAUGACCUUGUGGCCGCAGGGACAGCCUCCGGGAGGGUUGCCGUUUUUCAACUUGUGUCCUCCUUGCCCGGGAGAAAUAAACAGCUUCGGAGAUUUGAUGUCACCGGUAUUCACAAAAAUAGCAUAACAGCUUUGGCUUGGAGCCCCAAUGGAAUGAAGUUGUUCUCCGGAGAUGACAAAGGGAAAAUUGUCUAUUCUUCUCUGGAUCUAGACCAGGGCGUCUGUAACUCCCACCUGGUGCUGGAAGAGCCGGCCUCCAUCGUGCAGCUGGACUACAGCCAGAAAGUGCUGCUCGUCUCCACACUGCAGAGAAGUCUGCUUUUCUACACCGAAGAGCAGUCCGUCAAGCAGAUCGGAACACAGCCAAGGAAAAGCACCGGGAAAUUUGGUGCCUGUUUUAUACCAGGACUUUGUAAGCAAAGCGAUCUAACCUUGUACGCAUCGCGGCCUGGGCUCCGGCUGUGGAAGGCUGACAUCCACGGGACCGUUCAGGCCACAUUUAUCUUAAAAGAUGUCUUUGCCGGAGGAGUCAAGCCUUUUGAGCUGUACCCGCGCCUGGAGUCCCCCGACAAGGGGAGUUGCAGCUCACCCGAGAAGCACCUGGGGCUCGUUUCCUGCUUCUUCCAAGAAGGCUGGGUGUUGAGUUGGAAUGAAUACAGCAUUUACCUUCUAGACACCAUCAACCAGGCCACAAUUGCUGGUUUGGAAGGAUCAGGCGAUAUCGUGUCUGUUUCCUGCACAGAAAAUGAAAUAUUUUUCUUAAAGGGAGACAGGAACAUUAUAAGAAUUUCCAGCAGGCCUGAAGGGCUAGCGUCAAUAGGACCCAUUUUAAAACCGAACUCUCCUCUCCCAGCACGGGAUGGUCUGGAGGCACCGGGAUGCACAGACCAAGUCCACGGGCAGCGCGCUGAGAGGCCUCUGGGGGCCACGCUUCCCGAGACCAGGCUCAGAGGCGCUUCUGUGGGCAGCUCCGUGGCCAGUGAGCCCAGGAGCAGGAGCGGCUCACUCAACUCCACCGACAGUGGCUCCGGGCUCCAGGCAGCCCCCGAGCUGGGCAGGGGCAGCCAGCUCAGCACCAAGAGGUUCAGCGCUAUUAGCUCGGAAGACUUCGAUCAGGAGCUUGUUGUGAAGCCUCUCAAGGUGAAGAAGAAGAGAAAGAAGAAGACAGACGGCGGAAGCAGGAGUGCCUGCCACAGUUCCCUCGAGUCGACCCCCUGUGGCGAGUGUCCCAGAGGUAGCCCCCAGUCCUUGAACGCAGACCUGCUGUCCAUGACCUCGAGUUUGGGCAGCACCAUAGAUCGGUCCAGCACAGGGUCUCCCGACCAGGAGAGCACCCUCAGCGGCGAGGCGAGCGGCAUGCUGCCAGAGUACAGCGACCCUGAAGCAUUUAGUGUCCUGGAGGUGCCUGGCCCCACCCCUGACUCACUGAAGGAGGGACGUGACAGUACAAUGGAGCUCCCACGAAGUGGCCAUGCAGGCGAGGUGGGGCCGCACAGUGGAGGGCUGAGUUUGCCCUGGCUUUCCAGGGAGGACGUGGACUGGAGUGGCGACGUCCCAGAACCCAGAGAGGAGCCCUGUCCUGCAGACGAUGGGCUGAAUGGCAGACAGUCCACCUGCCAAGAACAGGGUGGCAGGUCUGCUGAGGCCCAGGAGGUGGGGGGCAAGGAGCCUGACAACCUCCAGAGCACGUUUUCUGAAGCCCCCCUCCUGGAUGUGCCCCCGGUGCCGUCCAGCCUAAGCUGGGCCCCCAGUGCUGAGUGGUGGCUUCCGGGGACCAGAGCUGACAGAGGUGGGGUUGAGGAGCCCAGCAAAGAGCAGGGCUUCCUGACGCGUGCGGGGGCCCCUGACCACCUUGACUCAAGUCCCUGGCACGCUGCCACUGACAAAGACACAGGCCAGAAAGCAGUGGCUGCUUCAGAGUGUGACCCGGCGGGUGCAGGAGGACAACUGGCUCCCCAGGCCUCUGCCCUGGUGGCCAGCGCCCAGGAGCCUCGCCUGGGGCAGCCUUCACGGGAUCAGGGACUGACGUCCAGCGACGAGGAGGACAUCUAUGCCCACGGGCUGCCCUCUUCGUCAUCGGAGACAAGCGUGACGGAGCUGGGAGGUAGCCGCUCUGCGCAGGACCUCAGCCAGCCGGGCACAGAUGAUCCCGGGCUGCUCAAGUCAGAUCAGUUUGCAGAGAGCUGGAUGGGCUACUCGGGCCCCGGUUACGGCAUCCUCAGCUUGGCGGUCUCUGAGAAGUACAUUUGGUGCCUGGACUACAAAGGCGGCCUGUUCUGCAGCGCGUUGCCAGGUGCCGGGCUGCGCUGGCAGAAGUUUGAAGAUGCCGUCCAGCAGGUGGCAGUGUCACCCUCAGGAGCCCUUCUCUGGAAGAUUGAACAGAAAUCUAACCGAGCCUUUGCUUGUGGAAAAGUGACCAUCAGGGGGAAGCGGCACUGGUACGAAGCUCUGCCCCAGGCGGUGUUUGUGGCCCUGAGCGAUGACACAGCCUGGAUCAUAAGGACCAACGGAGACCUGUACCUGCAGACAGGUCUCAGCGUGGAUCGCCCCUGUGCCAGAGCCGUGAAGGUCGACUGUCCCUACCCGCUGUCCCAGGUCACAGCCCGAAACAGUGUGGUGUGGGCGCUGACAGAGCAGAGAGCCCUCCUGUACCGGGAGGGUGUGAGCAGCUUCUGCCCCGAGGGGGAGCACUGGAAGUGUGACAUCGUCAGUGAAAGGCAGGCUUUGGAACCCGUCUGUAUCACUCUUGGGGACCAGCAGACUCUGUGGGCCCUGGACAUCCGAGGAAACCUGUGGUUCAGAACUGGUGUCGUUUCCAAGAAGCCCCAAGGGGAUGACGACCAUUGGUGGCAAGUGAGCAUCACAGACUACGUGGUGUUCGACCAGUGCAGCCUGUUCCAGACCAUAAUCCACGCCACGCACUCGGUGGCCACAGCGGCCCAAGUGCCUGUUGAGAAGGUGGCGGACAAACUGCGCAUGGCGUUCUGGUCUCAGCAGCUUCAGUGCCAGCCGAGCCUCCUCGGGGUCAACGGCAGCGGCGUCUGGAUCUCCUCGGGCAAGAAUGAAUUCCACGUCGCUAAAGGAAGUCUCGUUGGCACUUACUGGAACAAUGUUGUUCCCCGUGGGACAGCGUCUGCAACCAAGUGGGCCUUUGUGUUGGCUUCCAGUGCUCCCACAAAGGAAGGAAGCUCCCUGUGGCUGUGCCAGAGCAGCAAGGACCUGUGCCGUGUCAGCGCCCAGGACGCCCAGUCGCGCCCGUCCACCGUGCAGCUGCCUCCCGAUGCCGAGAUGAGGGCCUACGCCGCCUGCCAAGACGCCCUGUGGGCCUUGGACAGCCUGGGCCAGGUGUUUAUCAGGACGCUCUCCAAGAGCUGCCCCACGGGCAUGCACUGGACGCGCCUGGACCUUUCCCAGCUAGGAGCUGUAAAACUGACGAGCUUGGCCUGUGGAAACCAGCACAUCUGGGCCUGUGAUUCCAGGGGAGGAGUCUACUUCCGCGUUGGAACCCAGCCUCUGAAUCCCAGUCUGAUGCUUCCUGCCUGGAUAAUGAUUGAGCCACCCGUCCAGCCCGCCGGGGUCACCUUGGUCAGCAUCCACUCCAGCCCCAACGACCAGAUGCUGUGGGCCCUGGACAGCAGGUGGAACGUGCACGUCCGCACCGGGAUCACUGAGGAGAUGCCUGUGGGGACCGGCUGGGAGCACGUGCCAGGCUUGCAGGCCUGCCAGCUGGCCCUGAGCGCCAGGACCGUGUGGGCCCGCUGCCCCAACGGGGACCUCGCGCGGCGGUAUGGUGUCACCGACAAGAACCCUGCUGGAGACUACUGGAAGAAAGUCCCUGGCAGUGCAACAUGCUUCACAGUGACCUCAUCAGAUGAGCUGUGGGCAGUGGGCCCCCCCGGCUACCUCCUCCAGCGGCUGACAAGGACUUUCAGCCACUCCCACGGUGCCCCGAGCAGCCACACCACCACCUCCCACCCCGACGACCUAGAGGACGAGUGGGAGGUAAUUUGAAGGAGCUCUCGGGAGGGACCCGAGCCUCGGAUGGUGGACACGGUCGGCUCUGAGUUGCUCUCUCUUGGACACACCUCAUCAGCUCUCGUCUGGACACGUCCAGCCAGGUCGGCCGCCUCACGCUCGCUCUCAUCCUUGUUCGUUUCCGUCUCGUUCCAGCACCCACGGCCUCAGCUGAGUGGCCCGGAGCCGCAAGGCCCCUGUGCUCUUGCUGAGGUUGUCCCCACGGGAACAGUGGCUGCUGCCCAUGUGCCGCAGCCACCCCUCCUCGCUGACUACUCCAGGUCCCACCACAGGUGGGACACAUCAGAGCUGGCUCAGGGCCCCUGGGAGCCACGACAGGCAGCCAUGUUAGUAGCUCCAAGGCGUACAGAACCGAAGGUCAGUGCUGUCCACCCGCUGACUGUGCUAACGAUGGCUUUGUCUCUGCGCAGGGUCCCUCCACCUCCUCUCUGAGUAGCAGGUCCCAGCACGCAUUCCACGCUGGACAUGCCAGAUGGGAAACCAAGGCUGUGUUUGAGAGGUGGGGUGCUGGCUGUGCCAGGACAGAGAACACACACUCACAACUCCCGCACACGUGCCACACGCCCUCCCUGCCCACUCACACGUGGGCCGUGCUCGCCUCCCUGAGAACACACCUCAGCCAAAACGACAAAGGCCAGUGGAUGGACGGAACCAGAGUGUGCGCACGUGUCCGAGGCAGGGCCGGCGCAGGGCGGUGCGGUCGGGCCCGGGGCCCCGGCCAGGCGGUGGCUGAGGGAUGUCUUCAGCGUGGUUUCUCAGCCAGUGCUGCUGGUGGGCGUCAUAGAAUCCAGAAGCGCCCUCUGAGGAUGAAUCUACUGAUUAUUGCCUUUUUUGUUUGUUGUAUUACAAACCUACAUACGAUACCUCAUUUGAAAUCAAAUCUUACCAAUUUAGGAGAGAAAUGUAUUUUCCAAAAUGAGUGGAAGGCCUUUCACUGCUUCCCGCUGUCGAUCCUGAGCCCGCACUAUUCUCAGCUGCAGCUUCGGGGAGGGUGGGCACCCGCUCCGCGUGUCCUUGGCACGCAGGGCAGUCGUGGGGCCUGCCUGCUGGCUCCGAGAGGGAGCCGGGCCCUGUCGGCCGGCUGCUGGGUUGAUGCAAGGUUGAAACGGGCGCCUGUCUUGGUUGGUUGCUGUGGCCACGUCAGACACCAGUCCAUCCUGGGGCUUGGCCUGCAGUGCCCGCCCCUCACUGGCAUCUGAGCUGUCGGAGUCCACGCCCAGCCUGUGUCCCACCCUGAGCCCACCUCCCCUCCCUCCCGGAGGCAGCCCCGCGGCAGGAUGCCAGCCUAGCUGCUUUUUUUAGCGGCCCGCGGCCCUGGGCCCAGUCACUCGAUGCCUGUUUUCUACUGAGAGAGCGUAUCCCGGAGCCCCCAGGCCACAGGUGAAGAGUGAUAAAAUAUGUUCUCUGACAGGACCCAGCAGCCACGAAGAUGGAGGUUUUCCAGGUCUAAAUGAGGACAAGGUCUUACUUCACACUUCACUUUUAUAGAAUCCUUUUUUAAAAAGUUUGGUGACAGCAGAGGCCACCGCAGGCCGCGGUGGCGCCUCUUCUGCGGACAUCGUGCCUUGCCCGGCGCCUGCCCGAUGCCGCGCUCUCCCACACCCGCGGGACCUAGUGCGAUUAAACCCAAGCCGAGUCUGACACUUGUAAACCGUUGUAGCUUCAGUGCUUUGUGCCGUUUGCUUUCUGGUUUUCAUUUCUAAUUGUGCUUUGAGACAGUGCAAUAAACUAGACUUUUCCAAGCCUA